AUGGGGGGGGAUGCCAGGGCGGCUGCCGGCCGGGAUGACGGUGCCGUGUGCUCGGCGGAGCGGAGCCCCGGUGCCCGGGCGGGCGGGCAGAGCCGCGGGAGCGCUGCCAGCGGGGCCGUGCCAGCUGCCAGGCCCCGCUCCCUGCUGGCCUUUCCCUGGGCUGUGCCAGGGCGUUCCGAGGAGCCGGCGGCGCCUCCGGCCCCGGCACAGGACAGCCUCGCUGCCCCCGGGCCGAACAAAGCCCCCAGUGAGGGCACGGAGGGGCGCGGGGCGGCGGCGGCCCGGGAGGAAAGCCGGCAAAGCCUGGGCCAGGCCCCGCUGUGCGACACCGAGCUCGCAGGGACACCCGAGGGACGGGAUGCGGCCGCCCCAAAGGCCAAAGAAGUGACGCUCUUCGACAGGAUCUUCAAGCUGGAGAAGGGCAAGGGAAGGACACGAGGCGACCCUCGGGAGGGAAGGCAGGGGCAGGACGUUCCCAACGGGAGCAUCGCGGCCGGCGCGCCCAACGGGGUCCUGCCGGGCAAGGAGAUAGAUGAGUGCAGCCAAAAGGAGCUUGGGCAGCACUCUGCAGGUGAACAGGGCCCGGCUGCUGCGGCACCUGCGAGGGCACAGGCACAGGACAGUCCCCAGGCAGCUGCUGCAGGACAGGGCUCAGUCAUGAGCUUCCUCAAAACACUGGUCUCCCCAAGCAAAGCUGAAGCCAAAAGUGAUUCUGAAGACAAGGGCUCCAAGGCGGAGAAGGGCCCUGGGGGGCAACCUGGCCCGAAGGCAGCGGCAGAAUCCCCCUCCAAAGGAGCCAAGAAAAAGAAGGCAGAGAGCCCCAGGCUGGGCCAUGGCACCUUUAGCAAACUCUUUAGGCACAAGGCCACGAAAGAAACCCAGCAGACAACCAACACCAAAAGCCCUGAGCAACCUGCUGUCACCUGUGUAAAAGCAGACAGAAAUGUCCCUCCCUCCCAAGAGCCGCCGGCCAAGCAGAACCCGAAAGCGCCCGAGACCGCGGCCCCUCCGCAGGGAGUGACCAGUGAACCCCCCCGGGAGGCCACCAAGGACAAGGGCUCGGCCACCCCUCUGCCCCUGAGCAAGCUCUUCUGGAAAAAGAACUCCUCGGAAGAAGCAGAGGCCGUGAGCAAUGAGAAGGCAGAGGCGGCUCCCGAGGCGGCGGCUCCCGACAGGGACGAGAGCAAGAGCGCGGAAAGCGCCGAGGUGAAACCGCGAGGGCCGGAGAGCAAAACGCCCAAGGCAAACCUCAGGAAGUUUUUUAAGCUGACUUUAAACGCCACAGAGAAGCCUCUUGCCCCAUCUGAGAGCGACCCUGGGGGCCAGAGGAGCAAAGAGGGCUCCAAAGACAAGAAAUCCGCGGUGGAGCUGGGCAAGCAGAAGGGGAAGGAGCAGCCGGAGCCCCGGGAGCAGGCGGCAGCGGAGCCCGACUCCAUCCAGAACGGCGGAGACGCCAAGGAAGCCUCCUACAAGAAGACAGAGAAGAGGCAGUCCCUGGGAGGGUUCUUCAAAGGCCUCGGCUCCAAGAGGAUGUCGGACGCAGAGGUGCAGACAGACCCCGUGUCCAUCCUCCCCGCUGGCAAAUCCAAGUAGCGCCCAGCCGCGGCUGCUGGAGGGAGGCUCAGCAGCUCUCUGGGAGCUCCUGGCAGCACAAACGGCUCCUUUUCCUUCCCGAGGCUGCCAGCAAACGCCUGAGGCCGAAGCGAACACCGGGGCAUGGUUGGCAGGGUUUGUUCCUCACCUGGAGAAGGCGGCUCUAAGGAUUCCCCAAGAAAUGUGCUGGAAGCGAGGUGGUGCGGAUGGCUGGGAGCGUGGAGAGGGGAGGGUGAGUCAGGUGCGAGGGUGGCAGAGAAUUCAGUGCGCGGCAGAAAAACAAAGCAAGUGACAAAGGAGGGGCGGCGAGGCACGGGCGGCGAAUCCUCCGCUUUGGAGAGCUCGAAGGCAGCCAGGAGAAGCACAAAUCCCCCCGGAAAAACCUUCUGCUUCAUGGAGUAACAGCCGAGUCACUUCUGGGGGGGUUUCGAUAGAGCUGAAAUCAGAGCCGAACCCUUCGGUCCGACAGAACCCGUGGUGAUCAAAUCCUGCUUCCUGCCGGUUAUUAAUGUAAAUUAAAACGCUAAAAUGCAAAGGCUUGACGUGAUCGAGGCAGCUCCUCUCUCGGCCGGGCGAUGGGAUAACAAAUUAAAAGCUAUUUAAGGUUCUAAUAGGACACAAGAGGGCAGCCACGUCCCUAACGCCGGGCUGCGCCUUGCCAGCCGGGAAUUAAUGUUCCUUAGGUCGUAGGAAACUUAUUAGUUACUCCUCCUGGUACCUGUUUAUGUCCAUAAUUGUAAUUAAUCCUAAUAAAAACCAAAAUCAAAGCUGCCCAAAGCAGCUCUCUGCUUCACAAGACUCCUGUAAUAACUGUAGUUAAUAAAUUCUAUGGAAAAUUAAGGUUUCUGUUCGUUCAAUCCUAGCCUGUACAGGGAGCCGUGGGCCUGGCAUUUUAAUCCACUCUGAUCUUAACGAUACAAUACUGUAUAUUUUGACAUCCUUAUCUUUAAAUAAACUAAUACUUAUCCUUUGAAACAAA